GACAGAUUCCAAGAACUAUACACCUGCUGUGGGUGUGGGUGGUGAGGACGGGAGGUAUAGAUAUAUAAGUACCAGUGUCACAGUGUCAGCUCAUCCUCUGCUAAGGACCGAAGCUGGUUUCAGGAGAUCCCGACUGCAGUGUUUGUCCCUGGACGCCUUCACACACAAGAAUGUUUUCCUACCUGGUCUUUGCUGUGCUCUGCGCCAGCUGCAUGGCAAAACCUGCCUUAGUGCACUACUCCUACUCUCGUGCCGUUGGAGGUGGUUCAGGCACUUCCUUCUCCACCGACGGAGAGGGAAGGAUCACAGCUGUCAGGGUGUGGGAGAUUAGCAACGCGUACAUCACUGGUAUCCAGCUGCGCUACGACUACAUUUGGUCUGCACGGGUUGGGCGCACAUAUGGCACUGUGAAUGAGCUGAAGCUUUUUGAUGAGGAGGUCAUUGUUCAGAUCUCUGGUAAAUUCCACUCCAACUACAUCUAUCAGCUGAUCUUUGUGACCUCCAGGGGGCGCACUCUGAUUGUCGGCCAGCCAGCACAGAGCUCCUUUAACUUCUACCCAGCCCACCCGGACGCAGAGCUCAGACUGCUGAGUGGCCGCUACAAUGGCAAUGGGAUUACAUCACUGGGAGCUCACUGGGGAGUGGUCUUCAUGGAUCAAAACAGCAACAGCACCAAAGGUGGCUCUGAAUGAAGGACCGAAAAAUGGAUCAAUCAUCCAAUAUUGAUUAAUAAUGCUAAACUAUGAAUGAUCAGCCUACCUAUUUGUAUUCUGUAUGCUACUUGAUUGUAUGAGUACCUCUGGUUUACUGCACAAUCAGAAUCACAUGUUCUUAUGAAUGUUAAUUGUAAGGAUAACAGGUGUAUUCUAGUGUCUAUAUGAUUUUUAUUUCUGAAUAUUUUCAUUCCUGGCUUUUUUUUUUGUUCAGUAUGACUUAAACUCGUAAAUGUAAAAUGUUUAUGUAAAAUUCAUAAAACAUCAAAAUAAAAGCAAGUGAUACUGCUA